UGUAUCACCAAGCACUUAAAAAAUACCAACACAUAACAUUAACAACAUUUUAAAAACAUCUCAAAAGACAAUAGCAGAUCGAAACCAAAGACAUAGAAAGGACAAUUUUUGAAUGGGACAAUGAAUUUAGAUUUUAAAUCACACAAUGGAAGAAACAGAUGAUAAAUUUUUUGAAAGUAACUAUGAAGACGAGAUGAAUCUAUCUUUAUGUGGAUGUGGAUUCCUGGGUAUUUAUCACUUGGGAGUAGCUGCAUGUCUGAAGCAGCAUGGUGCAUCAUUUCUAUCAAGCAUACAGAAGGUGGCAGGUGCUAGUGCUGGGGCAUUAGUUGCUUCUGUCCUGGUUAUUGAUGAUAGUAAAAUAGAGGAAUGUAAAACCUUUACCUAUGGAUUAGCAAAGGAAGUAAAGUCAAAACCACUAGGAGCUUUGACACCUGGUUAUAAUUUAUUGGACUCUAUUAAAACGUUUUUAAAUACAAUGUUACCUGAAGAUGCACAUCAAAAAGCUUCAGGGAAGUUAUACAUAUCAUUAACCAAUACAAGAACCAGGAAAAAUGUUCUCAUCCAUCAGUAUCCAUCAAGGGAAUAUCUUAUAAAGUGCUUACUUGCCAGUAGCCAUAUACCUGUCUAUGCCAGUAGACUUCCAGUCAAAAUAGACGGACAGAAAUACAUGGAUGGAGGUAUGACAGACAAUAUGGUGGUGUUUGAAAAUGAAAGAACAAUUCAAGUGUCCCCUUUUUGUGGUCGACAAGACAUAUCACCGAAUGAUAAACUUGGUAAAGAAUGGUACGUCAGUGUUAACAAUCAGGGAUUCCAAGUGAACAAGAACAAUCUCAUACGCUUCAGUCAUGCUAUGAUUCCACCAUCAAAUAAAGUAUUAGUGCAAUAUUAUAAUCAAGGAUUUAAAGAUGCUAAAAUAUUUUUAAUUAAAGAAAAGAUUCUUUAGUGAAUGAAAGUUUAAAUUUAAAUUUUAUUUUUUAAGAAUUUCAGCAAAUGCCUAUAUUGGUCAUGAAAUCCAUUUAAGUUUGCACAUUAACAUGUAUACUGUGGAUUCCUUUAUUUUUCGUGGAAUACAAUUUUUCGUGGAAUGAAUUCGCAGUACAUGAUACAUGAUUGUA